AUGUCAGACUUUUUCACCAGCACUUCAGACCUCUUUACUGGCAUAUCAGACCAGGAGAACCAUGACCAGGUUGAUAACAUCCGGCUACAAGGAAAGCGAGAAAGGAAGCUUCUUCAAGCCAUCCGCAAAAACAACAUCGCCAAGGUUAACGCACUCCUCGCAGAUGGUGUUUCACCCGAUGGCGAAUCAGAAACAGCCCCGUUGCAGCUCGCUGUCCGGCUAGGCAGACGCGAAAUCAUACAACUACUCAUCCAGUACGACGCCCAGUCUCCGAGCAACCCCGGUCCAGACUCGGAUGACGAUGAGUUGCUCACGGCAGCCGGCCGCGGCCGAGUGGAGGUCCUAAAGAUCCUCAUGGAUUACCGUAAGAAGCUUGGCUACAGAGGCACUGCUUGGCCAAGUCAUCGAGGUGACGAGCCUAUUCAUCGUGCUGCCAAUUGGGGUAACUUGGAAUGUCUUCAACUAUUGGCGCAGGAAGGUGCCACAAUUAACCUCGAGAAUUCCCACUGGGAGACACCAUUACAUCUCGCUGCCAGUCUCCCGACUGGAGUGAAGAAUGGGCUACCGGUUCUGCGGUUUUUACUAGCAUCAGGCGCAAAUGUCAAUGCUUUGACUAUUACGGGUGACACCCCUAUCUUAAUGGCGGCCCGUGUUGGCAAUGAUGCCGCUAUUGAAGAACUACUCAAGUCAUCACCCGAUAUUACCCAACGAGGUCAAUUCGGAGAGACCGUUUUACUUGCCGCUGUCUCAAAUUGCUCUACGAGAACGGUGCAGAGGCUCGUCGGAGCGGGUGCUGACAUCCACCUUCGGACUAAGUUGAAUGCUUCCGUUUUACAUCUAGCAGCUGAAAGUGGGAAAAUCAAGACGUUUAAAUGGAUCCUCGAUAACAGCAAUCUCGCCAUUAACGAUAUUGACUGUCAUAACUGGACCCCACUACACUUUGCUGCAUGCAAAAACCAGGUGGUGAUGGCCAAGUACUUACUUGAACAUGGUGCAGAUCCAUCAAUCGCAUCAACCCCAGGAGAUCAUACCCCUCUCCACCUAGCAGCUGCUCAUGGUUACUGCUACAGCCGCCAACCAGAUGACGGACGGGACGAUCCCAGAUUAGUCGAGUACCUCAUUCAAUAUGGCGCCGAUAUGAUGGCACCGGCAGACAGUACAACUUUGCACGUUACGGAGGGGCCCACAAAAGCGUCCCAAACAAAUAUGUACUCGAAAUCAGAGGGAAAUACUAGCCGAUCCAGCACCAUCUACCCCUUGCACUGUGCCGUCAUGAGUGGUGCCAUCCAGAGGGUAAAAGCGCUUCUAUCAGCCGGUGCAGAUAUCCAUGUCCGCACUGCCCCAGAGGGAGAGACGGCACUUCACCUAGCUGCGAAGAACUCAUUCCGGAAAAUGGUUCUUUUCUUGAUUCAAAACGGCCUGGAUUAUCGGCUGACUAAUAAUGCAGGGUAUACGAUGGUCCACUAUCUGUCUCUGGGAGGACAAUACGAGCCUGUGAGUGUUAAGGACUUUCUUGUCGCUGAGAACCUUUAUGACUCCUUGAUGGAAUCUGAGCUUGUUACACUUAGACCUUUUGAAUAA